AUGUGCACUGUAAACACUUCCACAGGGUUCUCUCCCUUUCAUUUAUAUCUCAGUUGUUCACCACAACUCAUUCCCCCCAUGCUUCCACUUGUUGCCUCCACUGACCUUUUCUUGGAAGACAAUAUCACCGCUAUGCUACAUGUCAUUCAGUCCCUACAAAAUAAUAUUGCUGAUGCACACAACAGUCUAGUGGCCGCUAAUACUUCUCAAGUGCCCUUCACAAAUCUUCAUCAUCUUUCUGAUCCCUCUUUUGCUGUUGAUGAUCUGGUUUAUUUGUCCACUAAACAUUGCAGACAGGAGUACUUAUCCCAUGGGUCCAAACAUAUUGCUAAG